GCGCCUUUCAGGAGGAAUAAACUUUUCUUAUCCUAAUGAAAUAAAACAAAGUUCGUCUACCUACGCUUCUCCGAUUCCGACUCCAGUGGUUCGGAUCAUGGCCGAUGAUGAGUCUCGAACCAUCCUCCUGGAGAAGAACGAAGAUUGCCCUGGCUGCAUCAUCGAUCGAACUAAGCAACACCAGCAAGGCGUCCCUUACUUGCACCUCUCCUUCAUCUGGCUCGUCUCACUCUGCACUGCUCUCCCAAUCUCUUCUCUGUUUCCAUAUCUUUAUUUCAUGAUCAAAGACUUUGGUAUUGCUAAACAAGAAGAAGAUAUUGGUUUCUAUGCUGGUUUUGUUGGAUCAUCAUUCAUGAUUGGAAGAGCUUUGACAUCUAUUGUCUGGGGCAAAUUAGCUGAUCGAUAUGGUCGCAAACCUAUUAUUCUUAUUGGGACUUUCUCAGUGAUCAUAUUCAAUACCCUCUUUGGUCUAAGCACAAGUUUCUGGCUUGCUAUUUCCUUUAGAUUUCUUCUUGGCUGCUUCAAUUGUCUACUUGGAGUUAUAAGGGCAUAUGCUUCAGAAGUUGUCAGUGAAGAGUACAACGCUCUUAGUCUUUCUGUUGUAAGUACAUCGAGAGGUAUAGGAUUGAUACUAGGUCCUGCUAUUGGAGGUUAUCUUGCUCAGCCUGCAGAGAAAUACCCAACUAUAUUUUCCCAGAGUUCAGUUUUUGGAAGGUUGCCAUAUUUUCUACCGAGCUUAGUUAUAUCAGUCUAUGCUACUGGGGUUUUCAUCGCUUGCUGGUGGCUUCCUGAAACACUACAUACGCGUUGUAGAAUUGCACAGGGGAGACUUAAUCCAACUGAGCUAAACGAUGACGAAAGCAGAGGAGGAGGAGGACUUGAUGACCAGAACAUAAUUAGUAAGCCAAGUCUUCUGAGGAAUCUUCCAUUGAUGGCUAUCAUCAUCGUGUAUUGUGUUUUUUCCCUCCAAGAGAUAGCUUACUCAGAGAUAUUCUCACUCUGGGCCGUCAGUGACAGAAGCUAUGGAGGAUUGAGCUUCUCAUCCCAAGAUGUAGGCCAAGUUUUAGCUAUAUCAGGACUUGGGCUUCUGGUAUUCCAACUUUUGGUAUACCCACCGUUAGCUAAGGCCCUCAGACUCCUUGUGAUUAUACGUCUUUCUGCGGUAUUGUUGAUACCGCUACUUUCUUGUUACCCCUAUAUAGCUUUGCUUUCUGGGGUGACCCUUCAUAUGGUGAUAAAUUGUGCAUCCAUAAUAAAAAACGCUUUGUCUAUCUCUCUUGUCACAGGACUGUUUAUCAUGCUAAACAAGGCUGUGCCUCAGAAUCAGAGAGGUGCUGCUAAUGGCAUUUCUAUGACCGCAAUGUCUGUUUUUAAAUCAUUUGGUCCUGCUGGUGGAGGUGCCUUAUUCUCAUGGGCGCAAAAGAGACAAGACGCGACUUUCCUUCCAGGUGAUGAGAUGGUGUUCUUGGUGUUGAACUUGGUACAGCUCGUAGGAUUAAUUCUAACGUUCAUACCUUACAUAUCUCAAAUCCACUAAGAGAUUCGUUACUCUUCACCCUUAUAGCGAGGAAUAAAUGGGAAAAUUCAUUACAAACUAUUGUGCUUCUCUAUGAUUCGGCACCAAAAGAAUGACUAAUAAUGUAACUAACUUUCAUAUGUAGUAUUAUUCAUUACAAAUUAUGUGUUUCCGAAUGAUGGUCUUGGCAAAAACUUGUCCAAAUUCAAGUACGUAGUCCUCUUAUCUACAUCAUUUUUUUCCGAUCA